AUGAUUAAAGCAAGUAAUCUUUUAGAUAUGCCAGUUAUCGUCACUGAACAAUAUCCUAAAGCAUUUGGAAAGACUGUCAGUGAGUUGAAUAUUUCAGAUGCAGCCGUUUGUCUUGAAAAGACAAAAUUCAGCAUGUAUUUACCCGAAGUAGUUGAUGUCUUGAAAAAGAACAAUACAAAAUCAGUUCUUUUAUUAGGUAUCGAGAGUCAUGUUUGUGUACUUCAAACUGCGCUUGAUUUACUUGAAAAUAAUUAUGAUGUUCAUGUUAUUGUAGAUGGUGUAUCCUCUCAAAACUAUCCUGAAAUUGAAAUCGCUAUUGCUCGUAUGAGAUCUGCAGGUGCAAUCAUUACUACUUCUGAAUCAGUUCUUUUCCAAUUAGUUCAGGAUGCUAAACAUGAAAAAUUCAAGGGAAUUAGUGCCAUUGUUAAAGAGUAUAUGGAAUCCAGUAAAGUCAAUAAGCUUUUACAAAGAGCUGCUGGUGCCAAUUUAUAA